UCCUCCUGCUACUUCUCUCCUCCAUUGUACGUGCUCGACCCAUCUCGGGCGCACCAUGUUAUAAUCUGAACAUAUGUGUACAAUGGUCAGAUUUUGCCGUUGUCUGGGAAAUGGGAGGAAGCGUACAAAGGGUGCUCGUUUCUAACCUGAAUGGGAGCAAGAUAUCCUCUUGCGUUCUUGAUCCUCUUACUUCUUCAUGGAGCCAAUGCUGCUUUAGAUCCUCCAGCAGGGGAAUGGUUGACACUGAACGGUCGCCGUCCUCGAGUCAUUGCUCGUGGGGGGUUCUCUGGCUUAUUUCCCGAUUCAAGCGCCAUUGCAUUCAGCUACGCAGUGGCCUAUAGCGUGCCUGACGUGGUCCUGUUCUGCGACCUGCAAUUUUCCAGUGAUGGUGUGGGCUUCUGCAUAAGCAACUUGAAACUUGACAAUAGCACAGAGAUUGCUAGGAUGAAGGACUUCGCUUCCAGGGGCUCGACUUACCAAGUGAACGGACAAGAUGUUCAAGGAUGGUUCUCUGUGGACUUCAAAUCGGAGGAGCUACAUCAGAUUGGCUUGAUUCAGAAUACUCCUUCUCGCAGUCCAAUAUUUGACGGCGGACCGUAUUUGAUGUCACUUGACAAUGUGGUUAGAACUGUUAAGCCUCAUGAAAUUUGGGUCAAUGUGGAGUAUGAUUCAUUUUUUCGGGAGCACGGAUUAAGUAGCGAAGAUUACAUAGUAGGAAUGCCAAAAGAAUUUCCUGUCACUUGGGUGUCCUCGCCAGAAGUUGCGUUAUUGAAAAGUCUCGCUGGGAAGCUCAGAAACAAUACUAAGAUAAUUUUUCGGUUUCUCACUGAAGACCUUGUUGAGCCUACGACCAAGAUAACAUAUGGAGAACUUCUGAAAGACCUGCAAGCCAUCAAGGCCUUUGCAUCAGGGAUUCUUGUCCCCAAGCAAUAUAUUUGGCCAAUGAAUAAGAAUGGGUACUUGGAGCCGUCUACCAGUUUGGUCAAAGAUGCACAUGCCCUUGGGCUGGAAGUGUAUGCAUCUGGAUUUGCCAAUGAUGAUGCCUGUAUGAGUCACAACUACAGCUAUGACCCCAAUGCGGAAUACUUGAAUUUCAUAGACAAUUCAGACUUCUCAGUCGACGGUUUUUUAACUGACUACCCGCCCACUGCAUCAGGAGCCAUAGCAUGCCUGGCACAUACCAAGGGCAAUGCUCUUGCUUCUAUUGGAAAUGAAACUACAGAUGGAAGCAGGCCACUGAUCAUAACCCACGAUGGUGCAAGCGGUGUCUUCCCAGGCAGCACGGACCUUGCCUACCAACAAGCGGUGAAAGAUGGUGCGGACAUAAUAGAUUGCUGGGUCCGUAUGUCAAAAGAUGGAGUCGCCUUCUGCCUGGGCUCUUCAGAUCUCAACGGCAGCACAACAGCAGCUACAACUUUCUUGGGGAAAAUGACAAAUGUGGAUGAAAUACAGAACAAAUCUGGCAUUUUCUCAUUUGAUCUCUCAUGGAACGAGAUCCAAACCUUAAAACCCAACCUUAUCGGUCCAUUCUCAGAAUCAGCCAUGGAUAGAAAUCCUGCUGCGAAGAACGCUGGCAAAUUCAUGACAUUGGCCGCAUUCCUUGAUUAUGCGAAAGCCAGCAAUAUUUCUGGUAUACUGAUCGGCAUAGAGGGUGCUGCAUACCUUGCAACCAGAGGUCUUGAUGUGGUAGGUGCAGUCUCAACUGCACUGACCAAGUUUGGCUACGACAAGGAGACCAAACAGGUCGUGCUUAUACAGUCAGAGGACCCACCGGUGCUUUCAGCGUUCAAGAAGUUCCCCAAGUUCAAGCGGGUCUACGAGAUCGAAUUUGACAUCACCGAUAUUUCGAAGCCUUCGGUGGUUGAGAUCUCGGAGAUGGCGAACGCGGUGAAGCUCAGACGCAGCUCAGCCGUACAAGUCGAUGGCUUCUAUCUGACAGGGUUCACUCAUGCCUUGGUUGAUAGGCUGCAUGCUGCCAAAAUAGAAGUGUACGUCGGCGUUCUCAAAAAUGAGUUCAUGAGCCUUGCGUUUGACUACUGGGCCGAUCCGAUGAAGGAGAUAGCUACAGACACGUGGGCGGUACCCGCUGACGGGCUUAUCACCGACUUCCCUGCCACUGCAGCUGCAUACUUCAGGAGCCCGUGUAGCGACAUGGAGCAGAAUAUGAGCUACUACACAAUUAGCCCCGCGGAGGUCGGUACUUUGGUCAGAAUGGCUUCAUAUGGACUUCCUCCGGCGCCCCCUCCAGCACCCGUGCUCGAACCUGAAGAUGUUCAUCACCAGCCGCUGCCGCUGUGCCCCAAGGAGCCCAUGUUCCGGACCUUCCGCUGCCGAAUGCCUCCCAAGGGCGAGUACACCAUGGCUACCGACGGGUGAAAUGUCAAGAGACCAAGUCUGCAGAUACGCUUGCCUCCGUUUGGUAAUAUCAGUAACACACCUUUUUUUGUGAAAUUUACUGCUGGUACUUUGUUGUACAUUACAUAGCGGAAUGCACUAGUUACGCAGCACGAGAAGCAAGUCUGAACAACUAUAAAUGAGGAUUAUGUUGUCCACCCAAAAGUUGGGUUGAACAUCGCCAGCAGCAAUUCACCAGAUUCUUACAUAUAUUCAAGGUAGCUUAAUUUUGUCAAGCCCUAGCGGAACAGAGUCUACAAAGUGCUGGAACAUUUGUAAUUCUACUUUGUUUUCGCAAGAAAUUCGCAGCUACAUCUCGUCCAAUAUUCAUUUGUUUCCGAAAGAUUUUUUUUUUCAUCCA